AUGUUCAUCCCUCCAUUCGAUUCCACCACCUCUUCCACCUACACCCAAUCACCAAAUCCAUCAUGGACAUAUGGUCAGAGAGUCGACGCCACUCCUGCUGGAAAAGACUGGAUCGCAGGCGAAUCUGCUGGGUGGAAAGUCUAUAACACAGCAGAAAUAGAUAAGGUUGAUAUCAACAAGCUCUUGAAUUCGGGCAUCGUACCACGCCCCAUCGCAUUCGUGUCCACGAUCAAUGAGGAGGGCAUAGAGAACUUGGCACCCUACAGUUGGUUUAACACAGUCACGAACUACCCGCCUAUCAUCUCAUUUGCGUGCAACAACAACGCCCUGGGCAGUCUCAAGGACACAGCCGUGAACUUGAAGAAUAGCCAAGGAUUUAGCGUGAACAUUGUCAGCGAGCCAUUCAUCGAGAAUGGAAAUGCAACCGCCAUAGAUGCUCCUCCCGGUUUCGAUGAGUGGAGUAUCAGUGGCCUGACGAAGGAAAAAUGCGUGCAAAUUAGAGCCUCCCGCAUCAAGGAAAGCGCUUUUAGCAUGGAGUGCGAGCUCUUCAAAUGCAUAGAUAUCGCGCACCCAGUCACAGGCGAGCACACCAGCACGCUGAUCCUCGCGCACGUCAAGUACAUCCACGUGCGCAAAGACAUGCUCACAGAGAGAGGUGUCAUCGACCUCAGAAAGUUCAAGCCUGUCGCGCGCGUGGGCGAUAUCUCAUAUGCGCGCAUUGGAGAUGCAUUUAGGAUCGCGUCUCCAACAUGGGCGCAGGAGGAGGGGAAGAUACGAGAAGCGUUGGCGACUCAGGCAUUGCUAUGA